UGUUCUCAGACAGGAGCCUUUGUUGGCUUAACAUGGGGAAUGGAAGAAAGGCUUUGCUAGAUGCUAAUAAAUGCAGAAAAAUGCGGCCUCACUGGCCAAAAGCUUGUCACCGGCAGGGUGAAGCUCUGAUGCUACUGAAGGACUAUGAGGGCGCAAGUGAACGGUUCUUGGAUGGACUCAAAUUGGACCCAGUGGACACUGAUAUCGAGGAUGCAUUACGGGAAGCUAUGAAGUCGUUGAAGACGUCUCGGAGCACGAAAGCCAAGUGACUAUUUGGGUGUUGCAGGGAAAUCAGUUGAAGACUUGAAA